ACCCGCACGCAGCGGUCCCCUGGCUGUGCGCUCCGCGCCCUGACUUCAGGGCUGUGCUCUCCUCUCAGCGCCGCCGUUCUUAAAACCUGAGUCCUCUCCUUUCAACUCUGUUCUGCUCUCCCUGGGCCCAAAGUUGCCUCCAGCGGCCUCUCUCUCACGCACUGCGCCGCAGGGCAGCUGCUCACUUUCUCCGUCCAGGGGCGCGGACCCUGUGACUCGCAGAAUUGAAUUUGAGCGGGGAAUUGGACUUGACGAACAGGCAGCCGGGAGCGAGCUUCCCACUUCGGCAUUCUUACUAGGAUGGAGAAAUCAAUUAUUCUAUUGCUCUGGUUACAAUAUGUUGUUAAGAUCUCAAAAAGUUUCUGUUAUAUGCCAAGGAAUAAUCGAACAACAGCAGUUUUUAUUAAAUGGGAUGAAUUUCCUAAGGGAGAAAGUCCUGAAUUUUAUAUUUUAAAAUACCAACUUGUUCAUAAUUUUCCUGAAAAAAAUAUCAAAAGCAUUCUUGUAAACCCACAAGAGCUUUCAAAAUCAAUAAUACUAGAGGAAAAGGAAGACUAUCACAUCAUUCUACAGUCCAUAAAAUAUGGACAAAUUUUAAGUGAAAAGUCAUUUAAAACCCGUGGUUUCUCAACUAGCAAUAUUAAAACAGUAGCAACAAGCACGAGUGUUUCUUUUAACUGGAGUGUGCUGUCUUCCAAUGACAUUUCAGUGUCAAUAUCUCUCAAUAAUUCUUCACGAAUUAUGCAAAAUAAUGUUACAGUUUAUGAAUGGGAUAAUUUAAAACCUGGAACCUUAUAUGCUUUUAAAUUUGAAUUUGAACAGUUGUAUUUGGAUUUUAUAAAUAUAUUUCAGAGACUGGAUGUUCAAGUAGAAACAGGUUCAUGUUCACAAGGAUGGAUAGCAUUAAGAAAUAGCUGUUAUAAAAUUAGCAAAGAGAGUACACCAUGGGAUAUAGCCCAGCGACAUUGUAGGUUAUCCUUAAGUUCUGCACACCUUGUGGAUAUAAAAAAUGAAGAGGAAAAAAAAUUUAUAUUUUCACUUCUCAGGUCAAAUAAUCAAAUAAUAAUAUGGACUGGUCUUAAUGAUAUGAAGAAAGAAGGUCAUCUCACAUGGACAGAUGGAUCAUCUUUUGGCCUUGAGAAGAAUGAAAUCUUUUCUUUUCCACUGCUACCCAAGAAUGAAACAGAUUGCUACAUUUUACAGCAAAAUGCAACUGGAUCAAACUAUUUCUUUACAAGAUUUUUCUGCUCUGUUCCAUUGCCAUAUAUUUGCAAAUAUGAAUCACCUUCUCUGCAGGAAAACCUUUUGAUCUAUAUAAAGGAUGUUGGAACAACUGAAGUUGUAUUUGGUUGGCAUAAUUUGAAUGCUUGGAAUAAUUUGAAUAAGUGGCUAAAACUGGGAUAUAAAAUUAUCAUUAAGUAUUAUUUAGAUUAUACAGAAGAACAAUAUUUUGAAAGCAUAUCCCCAAAUACUACAGAAAAAACAAUUACCCAAUUGUUUCCUGGCCAAAUUUACAGAUUUUUACUCUUUGCAAUAAACGAAUGGGAGACAAAAACUAUGUUAAGUUCAGUAUUCUUUGUUGAAACACGCCCAUUAUCAGCUCAAAAUAUCACAGUUACUCAUGUGACCCCAACAGAAAUAUUUUUACACUGGAAUCCUCCAGAUCUUACAUCUUUUCACCAUUACCUUGUGACUAUUUUGGAUGUGGAAAACAAUAAAUCAGAAGAGGUGCUUGUUGAAAAACUCAACACAUCGAUGAAAAUCGGAGAUCUGAAAUCUUUCCAUCAUUAUCUGAUAUAUCUAUUCAGUGUAGCAGAAAGAGGAACUUUAAGCUGCUCUGAGAGACCUAUUUCAGCCGUUACAGGUAUUAGUCCUCCUCAGAAGGUUCAUGCAAAACCUGAAGAUGUCGGAGAGGACAGUAUGAUUCUUCAGUGGGAAUCCCCACCAGAUGGCCAUGAGGUCUACAUUCAAAUCAAACCCUCAUCAGAUACAAGAGAAGUCAUGAAGCUUUUUGUAAGGGAUGCUAAUAGAUUCAAGAUUGAUAAUUUAACCCCUGGGAUGACAUAUGACAUUGGAAUGGCAACAGUGAUGAAUGGGAACUUGAGUGAGCUGGUAACUAUUCAACAAACUCUAAGUGAGAAUCAAAUAUUUUUCAUUCAUAACAGAUAUCUGCUGAUUUGGGGGUGUUGUGAAAUAUUCACUGACACACCCUUCUGGUAGUAGGUUUUACCUUUUUAAGUAGAUUGUUGGUGUGCUUAUCGAAUGGUAGUCCAGGACCUGGAGUGGUUUGCAUUCCUCUUCUCCUGAGAAUGCUUAAUGCAUGAAUAAAGGCAGCAUUGUUUACAAUUAGAAACUUGACCCUAAAGCCAUACCAGCUAGCUUUGAAUCUGGGCCCAACUAGUUGAGUGGCCCUGGACUAUGUACUCAAACUAAUUAUGCCUCAAUUUACCCAUUUGUAAAGUGUGAGAAAAUAAUGGUAUAUGUUUUAUGGAUUUUCCGGAGAAUAGCUGAUUUAAUAAAGGUAGGGACUCAGAACAGUGCCUGACAUAAUCACGAUAUGAAUGUUUGUAAUUAUUAAUGAUCAAAACA